CUCGGCAUUCUCCAAUCCUAUCCUAGCUAUCAAGUGUACUGUGUGAGUAUGUAGCUAAAUAUACUAGUAGCUUCGCCUUUGGUCUCUUUGGUCGCCCUUCGCUUAGUGGACUUUUAGAGACAUAGAUACUGGACGUUUGUGACGCAUUAGAAGGGAAGGAAGAAUGUGCGAAAGCUGACUUCGACCUAAAAGCUCCAGCUAUUCAGCAGCGACGUGUCAUUGCUGGCGUCGGGUGCCAGUGCUUUCAAGUUUGUUUGGUAUCUUCAAAUAUAAGACAAAAGGUGGCAUUGCACUUCGGCUGCUUGCUUCACUGUUGGUGUUGCACAAUUGUCCAGUAUGGACGAUCUUGGAAAGAAGCUGAAGAGUCUUAGCAACCCGUUCAAGACAAAGUUCAAGGGGCAGGGUCAGAAGCUGGGGGGGGGUGAUGACGACGGGGAGGCUGCCAAGCCAAAAGCGCCAGGAGGAGUGCCUCGCACCGGCCCCGCUGCAGCAAGGAAUCUUUUGAACCAGAGGUUGCAACAGGAGGAGCUUCUCAAGCGCCAGGAGCAAGAGCGCCGUGAACUUCAACGCCAGAGAUGGGCUCAAGACAAUGGUGCAGGCCCAACGCUGUCCCAGGACCCUCAGUCACAACCAGGCCCGUCAACCCAAGCCAGAGCUCAAAUUCCCCCCGCCCCCAGUCCGACAAGCUCUUCUCCCAAACUCCCCGCUCAGAGUCCCCGGUCAGAGUCAGGUCUUCCGAGCCCAACAAAUAAGUCCCCGCAACCCUCCAGUACUACCACCAGCAAAAAGGAAGCCCCUCCAACUGACUUUGACCCGUUCAAGCCGUUCAUGGGGUCAGGACGUGCGCUGGAGGCAAGGGCGGGCCCGGGAGAAGAGAGCAGCACGAGCGGGAAUGCCAUGGACAUUGACGCACAGGCAGGGGCUGACGAGCUUCAUACUGCGGUCGGACUGCUAGUGUCAGACCCCUCGUCACGUCCGGCGACGGAGAUCCUCUCCCGGCUGCUGGGGAACAUCGUCGCAAACCCGUCGAAUGAGAAGUUCCGGAGAGUGCGGUUAAGUAACCCCAAGAUUGCGGAGACGGUCGGAAAGGCGCCCGGCGGGAUUGAUCUACUGCAGGCAGUCGGGUUUGAGAUUCGAGAAGAAGAGGAUGCGGAUGGGAAGAAGGAGCCGUGGGCGGUUCUGGGGAGUGCGUCGCCUGAGGUGCUGGAAGGGGUUAAGUCGGGGUUGGACUUGUUGGACCGGGGGUUAGCAAGCCAACCAAUCCGGAUUACACCAGGAAGUCUGGUUAAGAAGCCGGAGGUUCUGGAGCAGGAGAGGCUGAGAGCGGAGCAGGAACGAGCCCAGCGUAAACAAGAGCCGGAAGUUGUGAAACCGCUGGAUCGGCAGUUGAAGGUUUUCCUCCCCGCCUCGGAGAACACAGCCGCCCGCAUCGAGGUGCCGGACACCUUCUACAAGCUGAGCCCGUCCGAAGUCCGUGCGGAAGCCGCGGCGCGCAAGAAAGCUCUGGAGAACUCGCAGCUGCUCAUACCGAAGUCGUUCCGCGAGAAGCAAGCGCAACAAGCGCGGGAGAAUUUCAAGGCCGCGAUGAUCCGGGUCCAGUUCCCAGACGGCAUGGUGCUGCAGGGCGUGUUCUCACCGAUGGAGGCCACGACUGCGAUCUAUGAGUUUGUUGCGGAGGCCUUGAAGAAUCCCGCUCAGACCUUCCACCUCGUCUACUCAUAUCCGACCAAGAAUCCGAUCAUCCCUGCGGUUCCCAAUGCUCCCGGGUCGAAGGUCCCUUCUCUUCUGGAUGCGGACCUCGUCCCUUCCGGACUUGUCAAGUACCGAGGCCUGGAUAAUGACACGACUCCAUUCGUCGGGUUACGAGAUGACCUUGUGUUGUCGGCCUCGUCACUUUAGGGAGAAAAAGUUCAGACAUACCUUCGAAAGCAGUGCCAGGCGUUUUUCAGCGAGCUUGCAGAAGAAGGCUGCAAUUGCUCGUUUACCCGUCCGCCUCUGACAUGCAAAUAUGAAGCAUGGGUGGAUGGCCUUUGGUACACUCUCUGUCCUGAAAGAAAAUCUCUGACGCGCAACCUUUGUAUAUAGCAUGUUGCUUCGGAUGUUCUAGCUACAGUAAACACGGC